AUGAUUAAAGCUGCUGCACGGAAUUUGUCAUGGUUAUAUGCUCGUUCAAGUUAUGUGAUAUGCCGGGAGAUCCAUAAUAAGAAAGUGAUUUUCUCUGGCAUUCAACCUACUGGAGCUCCUCACCUGGGCAACUACUUUGGAGCUAUUAAAAAGUGGCAUUCUUUGCAAAAUGAACAAAAUGAUUGCAUCUUCAGCAUUGUAGAUCUUCAUUCUAUUACUUUGCCACAAGAUCCUGUGAAGCUAAGGCAAAACAUUCAUUUAAUGACAGCCUGUCUAUUAGCUUGUGGAAUUGAUCCGAAAACAUCUAUACUUUUUCUACAAUCUCAAGUACCACAACAUGCUGAAUUGUCUUGGAUAUUAGGUACUUUUUCUACAAUGGCUCGGUUGUCACAUCUUCCGCAGUAUAAGGAAAAAUCUCAAAAUUUAGAUGUUAUUCCCCUUGGUCUCUUUAUAUAUCCAAUAUUGCAAAGUGCAGAUAUUUUACUAUACAAAGCAAAUGCAAUUCCUGUUGGUGAAGAUCAACUGCAACACGUUCAAUUAUGCCAACACUUAGCAAGGAUCUUUAAUAACAAAUAUAAAACAGUAUUUCCUGUCCCUUCUGCUAUAGUUGAUGAGACCUGUGCCAGAAUAAAAAGUCUUAGACAACCGGACAAGAAAAUGAGUAAAUCUGAUAUGGAUUUUAAAAACAGAAUAGAGCUUACAGAUCCACCUGAUUUAAUGUUAAAAAGAAUAAAAGAAUCGUUGACAGACUUUACAUCUGCUGUAACAUAUGAUCCUGAAAAUAGACCCGGAGUUAGUAACCUAAUUUUAAUCCACAGUCUGUGCACUGGAAAAGAUUUUGAGACAAUUUGUAAGGAAAAUGAACAUCUUGAUACUGGACAAUACAAACUAGUUGUUGCUGAAGCUGUGAUUGAAUAUUUCAAACCUAUUCAGUAUGAAAUGAAUAAGCUUUUAUCAGAUCCUGUAUAUCUAACAGGAGUAUUGAAUGAUGGGAAAGAAAAAGCUCAAGAAAUCGCGUCAAGGACGAUUAAUGAAGUCAAGGAAGCUGUUGGACUUUCAGCUUCUUGUUUAUAAAGUUGAUUGUGUAGUUUUGCACAUAACUCUUCAACACAAUGGGAAUUUAAGGACUUUUAGUUUUUAUAUGAUUCUUUAAUCAUCUGUGAGUUAUGUGAACUUUUUUUUUAAUAAAUACAGUCGAACCUCCAUAUAUCGAACUUCCACAUAUCGAAAUUUUCUAUACAUUGAAAUUUCAGCUAAUUUCUAUGUUCAUUACAUAGAAAAAUUGUUUCUAUAUAUCAAAAAAAUCUCUAUAUAUCGAAAUUCUUUUCGAGACAUUCGUAAAUUUUAUUUUCCACUUCAGACUGUUUGUCUCAUGAAAAAUGAAAAUUAGGGGAGAAAAUUAUGUUCACUAAAGGUUUGCCACGAAACUCAUAAGUAAUCUGGGGCUGUGCAGAUAGGUCGUUACUCCGUUCUGGAGUUCUUUAAUUCCUUCAAGUUUAUUUCAAAUCUAAGUUGUAACCAGUAACACUAAAAUCAGUUUCAAGUUAUCACUUUUGUCUGUUGAUUAUCAUUCCUAGUUUUUUAGCUUCAGUAAAAAUCAUUCAAGUGAAGUAAAUUGAUUUUUUACUUUUCCCUUGAUUACACUGUCAAAACGAAACCCCCUAAUGCUGCGAAUCAAGUUAAUUGCAGAAGAAUGAAAAUGUCUGACGGCGCAAAAAUGUAAUUUCUGUUAUUUUUUUUAAUUUUUCAACUUUCAUUUAAUCCGUUACUCGUAUAAAUGAGAAAUUGGGUUUUAUACACGAAAAUUAGCUUUAAUUUUAGUAAUUUAGGAGAUUUGAACGAUAAAAUAAGAUCGUUUCUAUAUAUCGAAAUUUCUAUAUAUCGAAUUUUUUUCCAAAAAUUUGCUACUUCGAUAUAUGGAGGUCCGACUGUAGUUUAACUUACAUCCAUCCAAGUUUUCAGUUGCAAAAAGUCUUAUAGCAUAGGCAAAGAAAAAGCAAACGCUCAUGCCAAUGAGGAUGUACUGCUUUCAGAACGCUUCAUCAAAUUACAAGUGAAUGAUUUGUGACUUUUUGAAAUGAGUUUCGAUUGGUUGUCUCAAUCUGUAGCAUCACCUUUAUUCUUAUAAUAUUAAUUGAACUCAUGAAAAUUGGGGUCAAAUUAUUGUCAUGUCAAAUUGUUGUAAUUUUAGUUUUGAUUUCUCAGAAGUAAUUUUUAUAAUGUAAAAUAUAUUGUUAAUAAGUAUAUUAUUUGAUUUGUGAAUGACUAAGUGGUAUUCCAUGUUCAUUGAGAAAUUUCGUUUUGUGUUUUCAAGAAUCAAGUCAUUACCAAAAUUAUACUUUUAUAUGAACUUAUUUGAAAAAUGUGAUAAAAUAUAUUUGUAUAAUUUUUAAAUAAUAAUUUAUGCAAUUAUAGUUUUUUUUUUUGGAAAGUUCGUUUUGAGUUAAAUGCAUAAAACCAACAAUGUCUGAUCCUCGUUCCUUUGUUUUCAGUUCAUAUUUGCUCUAUGUUAAAAGCAAGAAAGCAAUAGGCAUUUAGUAUUACGGGGGCAUUGGUUACUAUUGGGGCAGAGUUGAAUUGUGCUCCCUGUUACAGUUUGACAUCCGAUUGAAAAAAUCUCAUUAGUUGCACUGUUCAUAAGAGAUUCUGGGAAUUCACAUAUGGGUGGUAAAACCUUAUUUUAACUAGUUUAAACCAGUUUCCUUUUUGUUGAAUCAUAUCCAUAUGCGAAGCUGUGCCAUUUUAAUUUAUUUUAAGUCUACUUUUGCAUAUUAUCAACGUGGGGAAAACAGCAUCAGAAACAGCAAGAUAAUGUAAAGCUAGAAUGUCCCAAGAAAAUAGGAUAUGCAUAAGAAAAAGAAUAGAGAAUGUAAUAUAAAAGUUGAUGAUAGCAGAAAUAUAUUGAAUGAAAAACUGGAGAGGGAAAAAGAUAAAUUAAAUAGACAAAGGGAAAAUACAAAAGCGUUAGUAAUAGUCAUAGAAAGUCUUGAUGGAUAUUCUCCUUGUUAUACUCUUCAGACAUAGGAAAAAGUUGGAUGUGCACCGCCUGUAUCUCCAACAACACAGUGCUGUUCUAUUCGCAACUCCAGUAAACUAUAGGCGGCGCUGCAACCACUGUCUAAUGGCAGAUGAAAAAGGUAAAACAAACAAAUGCUGUAACUUCAAACUUGCUUUGAUGCUUAGUGAAUGACAGUAAUUUUUCAUCGUGUUUGUGGGAAGCUUUCUUUUCAAUUCUUCUGAAAUUACACUACACCACAAACUGUCUGAAGCCUGUAAUUUAGCCCGAAGAAAACAUGUGGAAUUUAAUGUUUUACCCUUUUCUUUAAUAUUAUUAAUCACCGCAACGUAGGGUACUCCAGCUCUGGAGUUGCGAAUUAAAACUUUUGUGAAUCUGCAAUUUUAACACCCAAACAAAAGAAACAGCUCAGCACUAAAUUUUCUGAUCAAGCAGAGAAACUUGUAAUGAAUUUCUACUCAUUUCAUAACAUUUCUUUCCAGAUUCCUGGUAGAGCAGACUUCAUUGUUGUUAGAGAAAAAUGGACAGAGAGUUACAGAACAAACAAAGUAGGACUUUUAAGGUGUGUAUUUCUGUAUGUGCUCUUCAUAAAAAUAAAUUUAA